UUAAUUAUAGGGUAUUUGACGUCACUUCCUUGCGCUCAACUCGGCCGCCAUUUUGCGGCAGUGAGUGAUUGGGGGGAAGGAGCGUCGGUGGCGGGUCCGUGUAGGAGCGGAGCGGGCGCAGUCGGAUCCACCCACACGGUGUUGGGGCAGAUAGAACACACGCACACAGCGGGGGAGGGGAGAUUUGCAUACACUGGCCCAUUGAGAAGGUGUAAAACGAGCAGAAUAAUAAUAAAGGAGGAGGCGGCCUCGGAUAGCGCGCACACAAGAGGAGCAGUUCCCUAUCUAGUGCCUUCUGCACCGCUGCCAAAAUGUUCCAACCACCCGUUAACAGCCUGGAAAAAAUUAGAAAAGCAAGAAAAAGGGUUAAACAAAUUCUGCUUCAGAUUGGCCUUGAAAGCUGUAGAGAAUUAUUAGAGGAAAUCAACAGUUCUAAUCCAGGAGACAAAUCUGUUUCCAGUACAUCAUGGGAGGAUGUCUCGCUAUGGGAACCUAAUGGACGCAGAAAUGAUUACAGGUCAAAGACAUUUUGCUGCAGUCUUUGCAAAUUUUCAACCAAGUUACUUUCUUCAUUCAAGAGUCAUCUAAAACGCUAUCAUGAUGAUGAAAGGGAGCAAGAGCUUAUGGCUACUUGCCCCAGCUGCCCAUUUACUUCACAGUCAACAACUGUGGUAAAACACAUGAGAAUAUUUCACUCAAGUACUAGAAAAAACCCUUCCAAUAACACAAGAGAGAAUGUAAAUGUACCUAGAAAUCAUCUGACUGUAAAGUUUUCUUGUACCAAAUGUCCUUAUACAGACACAUUAUACUACAGUAUGAAAAAGCAUGUUCUUAUGACCCAUUAUGAAGACCUAGUUGUUUCAUUUUUUGGAGAAAAAACAGAAGAAGACAUUGCAAAUAUAAGCUUGAAAUCCACCAUUUCUUUUUUUAAGCUCCAGCCCGUUGAUAAAUUUUAUUGCAAGAAAUGUAAUUCGACUGCAAGCUCUUAUGACCGACUGGUGUACCAUAUUCUAACAUCUGAAAAACACAGAGACCUGGAACAAAAGCUGAGGGCUGACAUUUCAGAAACUAGUAGGGAACAAAUUAGAAAAAUGCAAACAAAGCAAAUAGACUUUAUUCCUAAAAAAUUGGUACCCAGAUCAAAUGCUCCAAUCACAAUUAAUCACACCAUAAAAUUAGCUACUGUGCCUCAAAAUGGGCCUAGUCAAGCAAUGGCAACGUCUAUUACCCAUGCCCAAAAUGCUGUACCACCACUAGCUGCUGUCGCAACUUCUUCAGGGAGUUUGACCCCUAAAUCACCUGCUGCAAGUUCCCCGAAUAAUCAAGUUAAAUUUAUAACUGCUUCUCUACCACAGAAUCCAAACAUUACCCUUCAAGCAUCCCUUCCUCAGCAAGUGUUUGUAUCCCAAAGGUUUCCAGUUAACCAGCCUGUUGCAACAGUCCUUCCUCCCGGAUGUAUUGUUCCUACAGCUCAGACUACAGUAAGGUCUGCUGUCCUUCCCACGGCUCAAACUCCUAUAAAACAUGCUGUUCUUCCUAUGAAUCAAACAUUGCCUGGGGGGUUGCUUCCUGUAAAUCAACCGGCAGUACUUGCUUGUCCUCCUCAGACUUUGCAACCCAAUAUCAUCAACAUGAAUCAAGCAAUACGGUCAGCAGUUUUCCCAGUAAAUCAAUCUGAUAAUUCUGCACAAAACACUUUCCUCACAGCCCCAAUAUUUAGGCAGCUCAUUCCAACCGGUAAACAAGUAAAUGGCAUACCUACAUAUACCCUUGCUCCAAUCUCUGUAACCUUGCCAGUGGCUCCAUGUCCUGUUCCUGCUGUCAACCCUCCAAAAGCACCAGUACAAAAUUCACAGCCAGAUAAAGCAAUACAAGUUUCACUUUCUCCUGCUGUUGCACCAUCACCUCCUGUUGCUCAGGUGAUACAGACACCCCAACAGAAAAGCUCAGGCCUUAACACUCCAGGUCCAUUUGGUAAAGAGACUAAAAUAUGGAAGAUGUGCCCAGUUUGCGAUGAGCUCUUUCCUUCAAAUGUUUAUGAAGUGCAUAUGCAAAUUGCUCAUGUCAAAGGACGAAAUGCAAAAGUGACACCUAAAUCAAGUAGUAUGGAAAUGACACAAUGUGUAACUAUUGCAGCACAAGCUUCUUUCUUGAAAGUUUUGAAAGAAAAUUGCAUUAGAUGUUUGUCUUGCAGGUGCUUGGCAUCAGAAGAACUUUUAAAACAUCUGUUGAUGCAUGGCAUGGUGUGUUUGUACUGCAAAGCUGUAUUCCAUGAACUGAAGAACUUUGUCUAUCACAUGAAAAUUAUGCAUUUGGGCAAAAAGAAAAUACAUCCAGACUUUUCCAAGAAAGGAUUUGAAAUCCCCAGUGAUGUAAAUGGCAAUGUACAUUUUCACCAUUUUGAUUUCAACUUCAAAGCAUCAAAGGAUGAGCUUGGCGACAAAGAUAUAAAUCUUGUUGUAGUAACAGGAACUAAUUCUGCUGCUCCCAUAUACAUUAAAAUCCAGAAUAAAAAUACUUUAUUAGGUGACCAGCCAAGUGCAAAAUGUCCCUUUUGCAACUGUGGGUUAUCUAACACAGAAGGGUAUGAGGCACAUUUAAAAGAUAGGCACCAUAUAAUGCCAACAGUUCAUACAAUAUUGAAAAUGCCAGCGUUUAAAUGUGUCCAUUGCUGUGGUGUCUAUACAGGAAGUAUGACACUCUCAGCUGUUGAUGUGCACUUACUUCGAUGCCGGAAUGCACCUAAAGAUAGCAGCUCUGGAAUGGAGUCUACUAAUGAUGAUAAUGUUGAGAAAGGAAUGCCACUUUCUCAGGCAGAGACAAAAUGCACCCCUCAAGCAAAUAUUGCAGAUAAUGUGGAACAUGAGUUGCCUGUGCCUUCAAAAAGAAGAAAGGUUGAAGUUAACAUUGACUCUUCAGAAAGCCAUGAAGAACUUUCUCUUGAUAUCCUUGCUUUGGUCCCAAACCAAUCUGAAACUUCCUAUGACUACAAAAAAGACUUUUUGGUCAAAUAUUUUAACGCAAGGCCAUAUCCGAGCAAAAAAGAGAUAGAAUUGCUGUCCAGAUUGCUAGAUAUGUGGAAAAGUGAUGUUGCCUCAUGUAUGGGCACAAGGAGAUACAUGUGCAUGAAAGCUCUCAAGAACCAUAAACAGCGGGUGCUACUUGGAUUUCAGAUGUCUGAACUUAAAAAAGUGAAGCAUAAUUUAGACUUAAAUGAAGAUUACUAACUGCAUAUCCUCUGAUAGACUGACAUUGUAUUUCUAGAGACUCACUUUGCAGAAUAGCAUGUAUCUAAUUUGUAUUCAGUGUGUAACAACUUUUUAUCCAAAAAAUCCACAAUCUUAAACAUCCAUUUCCUCCCCCCCGACCCCAAUCAACUUACUUGCCCAUCACAUUUGCAGUGUUAAUUCCUCAGGUAUAAGUUAUGUCAGAAGUUUUCUGUCAUUUUUAUAUUUAUUUUUUUGGGUUUUUGUCAGGUUUUACACUAGAACAAGUUUAAGCAAAUCUGGGUGAAACUGUACACAUUGUGCAGCACGAUAAACUGUAGUAUUUGAAUUAUAAAUGAUUAAAGACAUUGUCCAAAAUA